AUGAAAUAAGCUACUAUAUUUUUAUCUGCUGCUUGUCCUUCAACUGAUGUUCAUUUAGCUCGCGUGAUGCAAGCAAUAAAGAACACAAAACCUGAUACUGAAUUCAGAUUUGUUGGGAUUGGAGGACCUCAAAUGGGCCAUGAAGGUUUAGAAACAAUUGGAGUUGAUUGCCAUGAGUUUCAAUAUAAGCCUUUCUUUCCAUUUAGAAAUUUCUAUAGAUUGGCGUAUUAAGAUUGAAACUAAUAUAGGACUGAAAAUGCAAUGCAUCCAGUCCAUAUGUAUAAGAGAUGGAUCAAUAAAAAAGUGCUGAAUAAACUUGAUAAGCAGUACUUUGAAAUAGUGUAACAUUAUCAACCAUCUGCAUUUCUGAAUUUUGAGAACGAAUUCUUUAUGAUGGGAUUUUAUAAGAAAUUAAGAGAAGCAUAUCGUCACUUCAAUCGUAUAUGUCCCCCUACAUUUUAAUAUGGUCUCACUCAUAAAGACCAACCUUAAUAUGGAUAGAAGUAUGUUGAUCAUUGGUUCACCAGAGCACCAUUAAAAUAAGUAAAAAUGUUUGAAUUAAUAUAAUCUAGAGUAAUUGGGAGAAAUUUACAUUCCCACAUACUCAAGUAGGACAAGAUGGACUCUAUCGUGCUUUCAGACAUCUACUAUCUAAUAGCACCUAAUAUAAGGAAUUGGUACAAAAAGAUACCAUAUAUCUUCCAGGAGGUGAAUUCUUCAGAUUUGAUGAUUUCAUUGCAGAUAGAGUGAAUGAAUAAAGGAAAUCCUAUAGAUAAUUGCAUAAUAUUGGAGAUUAAGAAUUGCUGAUAGUUGUAGCUGGUGGUAACACAUCCAAAGAAAUACCUUUUUGUUUAAAGACUGCAGCAGAAGGAAUAUCUAGAUUCUUGAAACUUGAUGAAAUGAAGCACUAUCCAAGAGAUCAAAUUAAGAUUGUUGUGACAGUGCCUGAAUUCCUUGAACAUAAAGAUCAUACACUCAAAGCUAUUAAUUCAAUCAAAUGGCCUGCUUAAAUCAUUCAGGCUUAAACUGAAUCGGAGAAGUUCUCAGCUAUGGCUGCAUCCGAUAUUGCAUUAGCUUGUAAUGGAUAAAUAGUGGCUCAAUGUGCUGCUUUACAAUUACCCACUGUACCUUGUCAUCUUAUUGUUUUAGAUUAUUCUUGACCCAAAACCAAUUAUAUAAAUGUAUUAUACAUCACUCUACAAUGGAAUUGAUAAUGACCUCAAUAUUGCCUACAAUGGAAUCGUUUAUCCGUAAUCAUUAUAUGAUCUUACCUUAGAGAACUUGUCAUGUCCACAGUACCGAAUAAAAUUGCCUAUUCCUUAUUGGAACAUCACUAAGAUCCAAAAUUACGAUACUUCUAUGCUAAAUAGUAUGCUCCAAUUUUAUAAAAGACCUUAGCUAGAAGUCAAUCUCCUGUGCCCAUCGAAUUAGUAUAAUUUUAAUUUAAUUUAUAGUCUAACAAAUUUAAUAGUGUUUAAUUGACUGGUUACUCUUCAGCAUAUUAAGUUAUUGCAGACACUGUUUUAUAAGCAUCCUAUGCAUAUGAACAUAUUCACGCUCAAAGCAAUUUUACUACUAUGUAGAAUGAACAUCUGAGAAUAGAAGCCAUGUAAAGCUUAGGGUGGGCUAAAGGAUUAUGA